CUGCCCUUAUUUCCUUCUCGAUUAGAUAACAUGCGUUAGGAGCAGGUCUCCUACAGGCCUUCCCCCUCCUUCUCCUCCUCCUCCUCUCUCGUAGGCCUCGGCAUCUGAUCUGACUGCCUCGUCAGUACCCUUCGUGUCGUGUGCCAUCUCUCGAGGUUAGGAAAAUGGUGCUGGAUAUCGUGGGCGAUGUCUUGCUGGGGACGGUCCUCAUCCCCUAUUACUGGCUGGAAUCGUUGGUGCUCUGGCUCGUGCCGCUGCGAUUUCAAUACAAGGACAUCUCCGGUCAAGUGGUCCUCGUCACCGGCGGUGGCUCCGGGAUCGGACGAAUCAUGUGCCUCAGGUUCUCCCGUCUCAACUGCAAAGUCGUCACUUGGGACGUGAAUGCCCAAGGGAACGAGGAGACUGUGAAGAUGAUCCAGUCAGAGGGAGGAACAGCUUAUGCGUACAAGGUGGAUCUGUGCAACCGAGAGGAAAUCUACGAGACGGCGAAACGAGUAGAGAAAGAAGUCGGGAAAGUGACGAUCCUGGUGAACAACGCCGGGAUCGUGACCGGCAAGAGAUUCCUGGAGUGCUCCGACGAUGCCAUCCAACGCACCAUGGACGUGAACGUCAACGCCCACUUCUGGACCACGAAGGCAUUCUUGCCAGGGAUGCUGAAGAGAAGUGAAGGCCACGUGGUAACCAUUGCAAGUCUGGCCGGGCUUUGGGGCGUGAAUCGACUCGUCGACUACUGCGCUUCCAAAUUCGCUGCCAUUGGAUUCGACGAAGCUCUUCGCACGGAGCUCAAGAUGGAUGGGCAUAAAGGCAUCAAGACAACAGUCGUCUGCCCUUACUUCAUCGACACGGGAAUGUUUGAAGGCGUCAAAAGCCGCAUUCUACCCAUCCUGAAGCCUGAGUAUGUUGUUGACAAGAUCAUGUCUGGAGUGCUAUCCAAUCAGGAGAUGGUGAUCAUUCCAGGAUAUUCAUCAUUCUUGCUUUUCUUGAAAGCGAUCCUGCCUAGCAAUGGGCUGUUCAAACUUCUUCAGACCUUUGGAGCUAGUGAAGCGAUGGAUGAAUUCACUGGCAGAGCCAAGAAGGUUCUGUGAUACCCUUUUGUCUUUCUCUUCCCUCCUUCUGGCUCUUAAUUCUAACUCCAGGUAAGGUGGAGGGAAUGCUCUCAGCCUUGCAGUGCCUCUCAUUUCUCAUCUGUCUUUCAUGUGCUCUUGAAUGAAUAUUGCAUGAUGGGAUCCUGCCAUACUUGAGGUGUCAGGGAAAGAAACUACUUCGACCAUGCUUGCUUGUGCAAGAUGUCCAGAUCACCUGAAAAACAUGUUAAGAAUCUCAGAUAACAUUUUUCGUUGGGCCCACGUUGGCCCAACGUAGUCCUCCAACGUCAGGAUACGUUGGCCCAAAGUAGGUUAUUCACGUAGGCCCCACGUAAAAGUGACCGUUGGGCCAAUGUGGAGCCAACAUUGGCAGGAAGUUGAAGCGCAACAUUAAACCCACUUACCCAAAUAGCUGGUUUUUGCCCAAUAUUGGCCAUCAUCAUUUUCGUACCAUAUAUAUAUUAAAUUCAUUAUCCAGUGGAGGUAUUCCCAUCUGUAGUACGGAACCUGUACAAUGUACUACAACCUACCAUGGACAUGUAUAUAUGUCCUAGAUUGGCGGAAGACAUAGGACAGUACAGACUUGGAUCUAUCCCUGACUACUGAUAACAGGACAUGUCAGAAGAUGGAACCACGUACGAUUCUGUAAAGUAUCCGCAAUAUCAGUCCUUUAUUUCCUCCAGUUGCCGUCGAGAUGAGGAAAUAAGUUCACAAACACUCCCUUCCUUUCAAAAGGGUUCUUAUCGGGAACAUGAGCUUGUUUAUGGCCUGAGCUCCAUGAAUCUAUCUUGAAUAAGUGGAUAACAAAUGAUGAAAUGUCCGUGUUUAUUGAUUCCUAUGAAAGAGUGAAGGGAACUUUUGCGAACCGUGCAAAAAGCGAGACUCAUACCUUCAUCUAGCGGCCUGGCGAAGAUCUUCAAGAUGUUGAAGUUCUCCACCAGGAGUUCUGCAGUUCUCAACGUGGGGAUAUGCCCACAUUGGGCCAACAUCGUUCCCCAACAUUCACGUUCCGUCAACGUUUCCCACCUUUACCCAAUCCCAGCAAAUAAUUUUAAACACAUAACAUUGAAAUAACGUUGAAUCAACAUUGAAUAAACGUUUGGAACGUUGAUACAACGUAGCCUUGUUUUAUGGGAUGUGGACCCAACGUAACGUGUUAUCUGGGAUGAUAGGGAGAAAUGCACGAUGACGAAAUUGAGCGACUCCUGUUCCAUUCUCAUGUAUCUGCAUGACUGAUUCCCUAUUUAUUAGCUAUUAAACAAGUGUCAGUUUCUUGAAAAUAAUAUAAAAUGCAUGUCAUUCCUACUUCUCUUGUAAUUUUUGUAAUAAUAAUCUUGUGGGUUAUGUUGCAUUCCAGUUCUCUAUCAUACCGUGAUGCCCAAUGGGGGCAGAUUUAACCACUAAGUUUUUUCAGUGGUAGAGAAGUGGCAACGAAAUUAUGGUAAGGAGUGACCCCAAUCACAGUAGGGAGGUUUGAACCCCCUAACCCUACACCCCUAAAUACAUUCCUGUUUCACAGCAAUCAUAUCUUGAUAUGGUAAGAAUUGCCAGGUGCAACUUUGUUUCUUUCCCUCACAGUAUUACCCAAAGGCUCACAUCAUAUACCUUUAGGCAAUACUUGCAUGCGAUUUUGUGCUGAACUUUGGAGCUGGGCUUUUUUUUAUUAGCAUGGAUGCAUGUUGGAAAAGGACUUCUGAUACUUCCAUCUGGAACUAACUUUCCUUCAAAAUUCAAAAAGUUCAAUUGUUCAUUUGACUCUACCUGGAUGCGUUUUUAAUUUGAAAGCCCCAUUCACAUAGUCUUUUGCAGUGACUGUUGGAAAGAAACAGGUUCACGUCACUGUCAUUGUUGGCCUAAUAUCCAAUCACAUGUUUGAAUAUGUCUUCCUUGGGUAUUUGAUUUGUCCUAAAACUCUUAACUUGACGAUGGUCAUCCACUAUAGUGGUGCAUGAUAGCGAGAUUGUCCUCAUCAUCUCUGUAUUCAAAGUGUUAUCAUAGCCCUUAGGUGUUCUAUGCCCAUUGCAUAAUUUUUUGGGGUUUCAUCUCAUUUACAAUGAUCAUGUUCAGACCAGCCUAUGCUGAUCCUUUGCCAAAGGAUGCUAAUGUGCAUGGGGCUUAAUUCUCAAAGCAUUUUUAGAUUAUUGAUAAAUGUAAGAAAUAUGUCCCCCACAGGAUUCUUCCGGUGAGAGCACACAAGAUAAUUACCAGGGUUGUCGGUUCCGAUCAAUUCAUGGCUAGUUUCCAUGGACAAGAACAGCAGCAGAAAUUGAGCAAUGGGAUCUAUACUGUUAGCAUCAAUGAAGAAUGACCUCCUGUAUGGCCUUGCAUGGAUUCAGCUCAGUCAUCCCAGUGCAGUGAUUCACAAACUUCAACAGCUUUACAUAUGCCCAGUGCAAGUAUUUCCUGGCAAUUUUCUGUAUCUCCAUGGGGUUAUUUCAAGUCAUAUUUUGACAAUGAAAUUACCAAAGUUGUUCACAUCUGGGUACAAUACUGUCUUGUCGAUUGAAGGGUUGGGAGAUUCAUGUUAAUGAUGACAUAUCACCAGGAAAUUGAAACAAUGGUUGAUACAGUUCCUUGUCUGUUGUUGUAUUAACUCAUCUGAUGACUCAAAAUAUUGCUGUAUUAGCCAUCUAUGGUUAUGUUGGUUUGAUGUAUACAUUGAACAAAACAACUCCCGGUGAUACUUGACUAUGCCUGAUUGUUGGCUGAUAUCUGUUCAUUGUUUGUCUAUCUAGAGAAUCCAGUAGAAAGUACAAUAACUCGCUUGACUCUUUACCGUCUUAUGUCAAAUAUUCAGACGAUCGAAGUUUCCUCUUCCAGCCCUGUGUUGGAAAUGUUCCAACACAUGAUAAUCGCUAAAAACCAAUUUUAAACCUCAAGCAAUCAUUUGAUUGCUUAUUGAGGAAAAAGUAACUUACAUAACCUGUAUUUCAAUACUCACAUAUAUUUUAUUGAAAUAAAUUGGACCUGGUGGUGCCACCAUGAGAAGAUAUAUUGGCCCGCAAAGGUUUAAUCCAUUUUGCGAAGGUUGUGGCUUGUCUCCUGUGAAGACUUGGUUCCCCGUCCAAGUCGAGCUAAGAAACUGCUGCUGCCAAAGUUUUUCCCGAGUUCUUCCAUUUCCUGCAAGGAAGACGCAAGUAUCUUCCUUGAAAAAAAAGGUUCCAGAAGUAAUUCAUGACAGGAUAGUGCUUGUGAUUGCGAGAUAUGGGAGAACGUGAGUAAAUGUCAAUGCCAUGUCGCAUGCGGAAAUUCUUGUUGAUCAGGAAGUCAUCAAUGGCAAGAAGUCCGCGCAUACCUCAAUACUAUUCCUGUCUCGUGCAUCGUAUGCAUGUCUUGUCAUGCAAGUCAUGCCAAGCAAUCAAGGCCAAGAGCGGAUUUGAGGAUUAGGACGCACUGGUUUAAAGGGUUGAGGGGGGCGACGCCUUGUGACUGACAGGAAAUAUGGCUCUUAAUUUCACUUCUUACUACAGCUGAAUAUACGGGGACGCAAACCAAAAAUUUACAUGCGGGGAGGGGGAUGUGCAAUUCGAUAAGGACACAACUGC